GUCCUUCACUUGCAACCAGCAUAAACUUCAUCAACAGCUUAAAGUUCAUAAGUUAUCACAUAAACAAAGCAGCAACAGUCAGCGACAGUCCGAUGAUGGAGAGAGCACUGCUGUUUUUUGGAUUGGUGGCACUAACCACCUCAUAUGCUAUACCUCUUAAUCCCAAGGUCCAUGAGGUGUUUGAGAAUGGGGAGGAUGAAAACCCCAUCCUUAACCUGGGCUCAGAAACCAACCUGUUUGAAGGGGAUAUUUUAAUUCAGGAAGGAAGGAAUGCUCUGAUUGACAAAUCAUACAGAUGGAAAUUCCCUAUCCCUUACAUACUGGGUGAUGAUUUAGAUCUCAAUGCCAAGGGAUGUGUCCACCAGGCUUUUGAAAUGUAUCGGCUGAAGUCUUGUAUCGAUUUCAAGCCUUAUGAUGGAGAGAAGACAUUCAUCAAGUUUGAAAAGAGAGGAGGGUGUUUCUCCAGUGUUGGUGACCAGCAAAAUGGACAGAUUCUGUCCUUGGGGUCUGGAUGUGACCACAAGGCGGUGAUUGAACAUGAACUACUCCAUGCUUUAGGAUUUUACCAUGAGCAGUCUCGUACAGACAGGGACGACUAUGUUGACAUCUGGCUAGAUCAGGUCACACCAGGUUUGGAACAUAACUUCAACAAAUACAACGAUGACUACAUCACUGAUCAAAACACACCGUAUGACUAUGAGUCCCUCAUGCACUACAGGCCCUUCUCCUUUAAUAAGAAUGAAUCCAUCCCCACUAUUACCACCAAAAUCCCAGAGUUCAUCAACAUUAUUGGCCAGUAUCUCGACUUCAGUAAAAUGGACACCCUCAGGCUCAACCGAAUGUACAACUGCUCUGGUCCUCUCACCCUGCUGGAUCAGUGUUCUUUUGAGUUCCCCAGCAUCUGUGGUAUGAUCCAGGUCUCUCAUGAUGAUGCUGACUGGGUUCAUUCCAAGAGCUCUGUGGGUUCAGAGGAUCACACACUACUGGGGAAAUGCAGAGAUGCUGGGUACUUUAUGUACUUCAACACAAUGACUGGAGAGCCACAAGAGUCUGCUCUGCUAGAAUCCAGAACCCUCUACCCCAAAAGAAAGCUUCAGUGUCUACAGUUCUUCUACAAAAUGACAGGAAGCACCAUUGACAGACUGGUGAUUUGGGUCAAAACAGACGACGGCACAGGCACAGUUCGUCGAAUGAAGAAAAUACAAACCUUUUAUGCUGAUUCUGACCACUCAUGGAAGAUUGCCCACGUUCAAAUGGAGGUCGGGGUUAAAUUCCGGUACUCAUUCCAAGCUGCCCGUGGUGAUCCCUCUGAAUCAACUGGUGGCAUCUACAUCGACGACAUCAGCUUCACUGAAACCCGUUGCCCUAACAAUGUGUGGAUGAUCAAGAAUUUCUCCAAGAUCUUGGAGACGGCUGACACCAACACAGUAAUCGACAGCCCUCUUUUCUACAGCCCUGAAGGCUAUGGUUAUGGUGUACGGGUCAUGCCUUUGUCGAGUUACUCAGAUUUCACAGGGAACUAUGUUGGGCUAUACUUCCACUUGGUCAGUGGGGCCAACGAUGGGGUGAUGCAGUGGCCAGUAGUAAACAGGCAGGCAGUUUUGGUGGUGAUGGACCAGAACCCGGAUGCUACGGAGAGGAUGUCUACUGCUCGAAGUCUCACAACUGAUAUGAGGACAACAUCAGAUGGAGAGUUGAUUUGGGACAAUCCCUCCAAGACGGGGACGUUCGAUCCUUCCUGUAGUUGCUACAAAUCUGAGUCAAGGGGCUGGAGAAACUUUGUCAAGCACUUUGACCUCAAGCGGAGGGAUUACCUCAAGAAUGAUGACCUCAUCAUCCUAAUUGAUUUUGAUGAUAUAACAAAACUUAUUAAGACAGAAGUCCCAAUUAAACCAAAGGAUUGAGGCCAUGCAGGAUUUCUUUAAUAAUGUUUAACUGGAGAUGCACCCUAUGCAGCUGGAGUGUGAAGAAUGAUCUGUGAUGAUGAAAAUAGGAUUGAAUUGCUCUGCUUUGACACAUAAAACUAAAAAAUACCUUUCUAUAAUUCAGAACAUCCCUGUCUCAGCUGUGGUGUUUGAUUUAGAUGUCUGUUUUAUGUGUUUUCUGGAUGUUUGGUGACAAGGGUGAUUGUUUUUGUUAAAGUUUCGGAUAAAGGAAAAUAAAUAUACUUCACUCUGUCAAUGCAAUUUUCAGUGUUAACCUUCAAUAAAAUGACCUCUGAACAAGG